AUGAAUUUCCUCCGCGGGGUUAUGGGGGGUCAGAGUGCCGGACCGCAGCACACAGAAGCUGAGACGAUUCAAAAGCUUUGUGAUAGAGUAGCUUCAUCUACGUUACUGGAUGAUCGAAGAAAUGCUGUGCGUGCUCUCAAAUCAUUAUCUAAGAAAUAUCGCUUGGAAGUGGGUAUUCAAGCUAUGGAACAUCUUAUCCAUGUUUUACAAACAGAUCGUUCGGAUUCUGAAAUAAUAGGUUAUGCUUUGGACACACUCUAUAAUAUAAUAUCUAAUGAUGAAGAAGAAGAAGUAGAUGAUGUUGAAGAAGAAAACUCCACAAGACAGAGUGAGGAUUUGGGAAGCCAGUUUACAGAAAUUUUCAUUAAGCAGCAAGAAAAUGUCACUCUUCUGUUAUCUUUAUUAGAGGAGUUUGAUUUCCACGUCCGCUGGCCUGGUGUGAAGCUUCUUACUUCUCUUUUAAAACAACUCGGGCCUCAAGUGCAGCAAAUUAUUUUAGUCAGUCCUAUGGGUGUUUCAAGGUUGAUGGACUUAUUAGCGGAUUCCAGGGAAGUUAUACGUAAUGAUGGCGUCUUACUACUACAGGCACUAACAAGAAGCAAUGGAGCAAUCCAGAAAAUUGUUGCUUUUGAAAAUGCUUUUGAGAGACUACUGGACAUUAUUACCGAGGAGGGGAACAGUGAUGGAGGUAUAGUAGUGGAAGACUGUCUGAUUUUGCUUCAAAACCUGUUAAAAAACAACAAUUCCAAUCAAAAUUUUUUUAAAGAAGGCUCAUAUAUUCAGCGUAUGAAACCUUGGUUUGAAGUUGGAGAUGAAAAUUCAGGCUGGUCCGCACAGAAAGUGACUAAUCUGCACCUAAUGCUACAGCUUGUUCGUGUACUGGUUUCUCCAAAUAACCCUCCCGGUGCUACCAGUAGCUGCCAAAAAGCUAUGUUCCAGUGUGGCUUACUGCAGCAGCUUUGCACUAUCCUAAUGGCCACUGGAGGUCCUGCUGAUAUCCUGACUGAGACCAUUAAUACUGUAUCAGAAGUUAUUCGAGGCUAUCAAGUAAACCAAGACUACUUUGCUUCUGUAAAUGCACCUUCAAACCCACCAAGACCAGCCAUUGUAGUACUUCUUAUGUCCAUGGUUAACGAAAGGCAGCCAUUUGUAUUGCGCUGUGCUGUUCUCUACUGUUUCCAGUGUUUCUUAUAUAAAAAUCAGAAAGGACAAGGAGAAAUUGUGUCAACACUUCUGCCUUCCACUAUUGAUGCAACAGGUAAUUCAGUCUCAGCUGGUCAGUUGUUAUGCGGAGGUUUAUUUUCUACUGAUUCACUUUCAAACUGGUGUGCUGCUGUGGCCCUUGCCCAUGCUUUGCAAGAAAAUGCUACCCAGAAAGAACAAUUGCUCAGGGUUCAACUUGCUACAAGUAUUGGCAACCCUCCAGUUUCUUUAUUGCAACAGUGCACCAACAUCCUUUCACAGGGUGAUAAGAUCGACCGACGGGGAAGCAAAAUACAGACAAGAGUUGGGUUACUAAUGUUGCUUUGUACCUGGCUUAGCAACUGCCCCAUUGCCGUAACACAUUUUCUUCACAAUUCAGCCAAUGUUCCCUUUCUUACAGGACAAAUUGCAGAAAAUCUUGGAGAGGAAGAACAGUUGGUCCAAGGCUUAUGUGCUCUUCUGUUGGGCAUUUCGAUUUACUUCAAUGAUAACUCACUUGAGAGCUAUAUGAAAGAGAAACUAAAACAACUGAUAGAGAAGAGGAUUGGCAAAGAGAAUUUCAUAGAGAAACUAGGAUUUAUUAGCAAACAUGAGUUGUAUUCCAGAGCAUCUCAGAAACCCCAGCCAAACUUCCCCAGUCCAGAAUACAUGAUAUUUGAUCAUGAAUUUACAAAGCUGGUAAAAGAACUUGAAGGUGUGAUAACUAAGGCUAUUUAUAAGUCCAGUGAAGAAGAUAAACAAGAAGAAGAGGUGAAGAAAACACUAGAGCAGCAUGACAGUAUUGUGACUCACUACAAAAAUAUGAUUCGAGAGCAAGAUCUGCAACUUGAGGAAUUGAAGCAGCAGAUUUCUACGUUAAAGUGUCAAAACGAACAGCUCCAGACAGCAGUCACACAGCAAGUAUCUCAGAUUCAGCAACACAAGGAUCAGUAUAAUCUUCUUAAAGUACAGCUAGGAAAAGACAAUCAGCAUCAAGGUUCUUACAGUGAUGGGGCUCAGAUGAAUGGUAUUCAGCCAGAAGAAAUUGGUAGGUUGCGAGAAGAGAUAGAAGAAUUAAAAAGUAAUCAGGAACUUUUACAAAGCCAACUGGCUGAAAAGGACUCUUUCAUUGAAAAUUUGAAAUCGUCCCAACCAUCACCUGGCACAAAUGAACAGUCUUCAGCGACAGCUUCAGCAAGAGAUUCUGAACAAAUUGAAGAAUUAAAACAGGAACUGGCAACAUUAAAGUCUCAGUUAAACUCACAGUCUUCUGAGAUCACCAAACUACAGACAGAAAAGCAGGAGCUGUUACAGAAAACAGAAGCAUUUGCAAAAUCAGUUCCUAUACCAGGAGAGAGUGAAACUGUAAUAGCUACAAAAACUGCUGAUAUAGAAGGAAGACUGUCAGCAUUAUUACAAGAAACUAAAGAGUUAAAGAAUGAAAUUAAAGCUCUGUCUGAGGAAAGAACUGCUAUUAAAGAGCAGCUGGAUUCAUCUAACAGUACCAUUGCCAUUUUACAAAAUGAGAAAAACAAGCUUGAGGUGGACAUUACAGAUUCUAAAAAAGAACAAGAUGAUCUCUUGGUGCUGUUGGCUGAUCAGGAUCAGAAAAUAUUUUCGUUAAAGAAUAAACUCAAGGAACUUGGUCAUCCAGUUGAAGAAGAGGAUGAACUUGAAUCCGGAGACCAAGAUGAUGAGGAUGAUGAAGAUGAAGAUGACAGCAAGGAACAGGGUCAUAUCUAG